AUGACGAAUCGACUAGUCAAUCCCAAGACCAAAGUCUCACCAUUGACUCACUGGAGAAAAGAGCUCAAUGUUCCUAAUCCAGAACCGGCAUCGAAGCACCUCCGGCCGUGGGGAUCAACUGCCUACGUCCACAUCUCGAGAGCUCAGCGGACACAGGCUCAGAAGGCAGCCCCAAGAGCAUUGAAAGGUACGCUUGUUGGCUAUGAGGGAGACAACGGGCAUAUAUUCAGUCGUCGCCAAGCCGCAAGAGUUCUAUGA